AUGUCUGGAGUAGAAGCAAUAGCAGUAAUAGGGUUCACCAUCCAGGUUGUCGACACGACUAUUAGGGUGAUCGACCUGUGGAAGAGUGCUAACGAAGUCGGUGAGGAUGUCGUCGUUAUAAACGCCAGACUUGACAUGAUACGAGCACGUCUCAAAUCUUGGGCCCUGGAUUGGGGAUUCAAAGAAAACAAACACCUGGAGAAUCGUCGUUUCAGAGAGUACGGGUUUCUUGCAGUCAGAUACUUGCUGAUAAUCCAACAUCGCCUGACUGCAAUCAAAAACUUCGAGAAGAAGUUCCCCUCACUUUUCAAAAGAGCCGAACUUCCACAGGAGCAAGGCUCUGCUCAACGCGUGGUGCAGCUUUCUGAGAUUGCCCAAGCGGAUGCCCCCGGACUGCUGGAGCUGAAGGAGCUUCAAACGGAAGUAGCCGCCAUCAACCACGCCAACAUCAUUCAACGAUGGAGAUGGGCACGUCGAGAGGGUAAAGGGUUGCAAAUGGUCGACCAGGUUGCGACGCUAGUCAAGGAACUUCAGGACUUUUUUGUGCCUCCAGCUGUCGACCCUCUUGCCCCCGUGGUAUUCAGCCAACAACUACUAUCAGCGCCCAAUGUGGCGGUAUCGAGGGCGGCGCACGAUUCUUUUGUCGGAGAUCGAGCAGCGGAGAUGGUAGGAAGCAUUGCUAGUUUCAAAGCCGCGGCUUCAGAGAUGGCCAAUCAUACAGAGACUCUCCGUAAUCGCGAAUUAAUGAGGAGCCAUCGAGGUAUAUCUCUCCAGGAAAGUGUGAUCACCGCCGGAGGUUCGAGGGGAAUGCGGAGUCUCGCCAUGUUUCGGUCGCAUGACAUACCUAGCACACGAGUGUUGAUCGAGUGGAGGACGGUUCCAAAUACGUUACCCUCUAUCGUCAAAGAUGGACUGCACGAUCAGAUUCACGACUUGGGGUUGUUGCUGCAUUCAGUAAAUAAGCCUAAAGAGUUUCGCACUCUUGACUGUAUUGCAGUUGUCGAUAUGCCUGUUGCUCCCCAGGAAGAUGCUCGGUACGGUCUUAUCUUCAAGCUGGACGAAAAGAAACAGGUCUUUACACUAUUCGAUCUGCUCACGAACGGAAAUUUUGCUACCGAGUCGCUGAGUGACGUACUGAAGCUCGUACAAACGCUCUCAAAGGCACUCUUAUUCCUUCAUCUCGGCGGUUGGCUUCACAAGGGCAUCCGAAGCGACAAUGUUCUAUUCUUCGCAGAUGUUAUCUCAAACGUCAAUCUUUGUGAGCCCUACAUUGGAGGCUUUGAGUACAGUCGGUCGUUUGAAGUCAAGAGAUUGACACAGAAUGUAGGCGAUGACAAGUUCGAAAACUUAUAUCGACAUCCCGAUCAUCAAGGACUCCCGUUAAAACAAAGUGACUCGGCCGAUGUAAAGGCUGAGCGCCGUCAAGCUUUCUCAUACGAGGCCGACUUGUAUAGCUUUGGUGUCUUGAUGAUGGAAAUUAGUUUUUGGUCGACUGCGUCGCAAAUCGUGGAACGGUCCGUCCCGGACCACGCUGAUAAAGUGGGAUGUUUUAGAGAAGUCUUUCUAGAUACGAUACCGGGCAUUAAAGUCCGAAUGGGUGACGUUUUUUCUGAGGCGACUUCUUUGUGCUUGAAGAGUGGAUUCUGUACAGGAGGGACUGGGCAGCCUGAGACUAUCCAGGAAGCAUUCUACCUAUCUGUGGUCAGAGUAUUGGAACGAUGCUUUUUGUGA